UUGACAACGACUCAAACUGAUUUUCUCUGAAACUUCGUCCCAGAAACUUCUUCAGCUAAGUCAUCGAAUCCCGCGUAAGUACAAAUUCAUCUUCCUCCUCCCAAUUCUGCAAUUUCUCUCUCCCGUUCUUACAUACACGUUUCUCUACUCAAUCUCCCAUUUCGCAAUUCAAUCGAAAACCCUAAAUCUCAUCACAGCAUAGCCGCCGACGAAGGAGAAGAAGUUUGUAGAAAGAUGAGGAGAGUUUUCGGUGUUAAGAAACAAACAGAACCUCCUCCCUCCAUUCAAGACGCUUCCGAUCGGAUCAAUAAAAGAGGUGACACCGUAGAGGAGAAAAUCAAGAAGCUUGAUGCUGAACUUGCGAGAUACAAGGAACAGCUGAAGAAGACCCGGCCAGGUCCAGCUCAGGAAGCUGUAAAAGCUCGAGCAAUGAGGGUAUUGAAGCAGAAAAGAAUGUAUGAAGGUCAACGUGACAUGCUCUACAAUCAGACAUACAACCUAGAUCAAGUUUCAUUUGCUGCUGAAGGAAUCAAAGAUGCUCAGCAAACAAUGUCAGCUUUGAAGUCGGCAAACAAGGAAUUGAAAGGAAUGAUGAAGACAGUGAAGAUUAAUGAUAUAGAUAACCUGCAAGAUGAAAUGAUGGACCUGAUGGAUGUGAGCAAUGAAAUUCAAGAGACUCUUGGUAGAAGCUACAGCGUGCCAGAUGACAUUGAUGAAGAAGAACUCAUGGGUGAGCUUGAUGCUCUGGAAGCCGACAUGGACACAGAAGGCGAAGGUGUCCCUUCAUAUCUUCAACCUGAGCCCGAUUUGGAUGCAGAGCUUAGCCUACCAUCAGCACCAACCGGGCAUGCACCCAUGCCAGCUGGGAGAGCUAACCCGCAGGCUGAUGAUGAACUAGGAUUACCUGCUGUCCCUCGCGCAUCCAUUCGUGGUUAAAUAAAGGAGUGGUAUACUGUUGAUAACUUCUUUGGGAUUACUCUUUGUUUGUUGGGAAAAUCCCGGUGUAAACAUAGUGUGCAGAAUAUAUUUCAUUGCCAUUUCCAAAUGACUAGUGGUGAUUCAUUGUAAUAAUGAACAAAAUACUUGAUUGUAUUAUGCAAUUCAGUAUCU